CACGUAUCUUGAUGCACAUUGUUUACAAAUGUUUCGUUUCACCUCAUUAUUGUUUCCGUUUCUGUUAAAAUUAGUUAUUUCGUUUGUUUCGAAAGCUUUUACCAGCAGUUUCAGGUUUUUAGUUGUUUUUCCGCUAAUACUGAACUAGUACUGUCUAGAAGUUUUGGAAAUUAUGCGCAUGAGCAUGUUUGGAUGGCGGAAGCGGUUGUUUCCAGUUCAUUCGUUGGUUGCCGUUAUUGUUGCUGGCUCAGUUGCUUACUUAACAUGUAGAAAUCUGGAAAAAACAAUGUCUAUCACAUUCAUGUUUACAGCAUGCAGCAAUAUACGAGUCAGUCUGAUGAGGAAAAUACAAUCAGAGUUGAUAUUAGCAAAGUUUUCGAAGAGCAAAUUAAACCUGAAGAAUUUAGAACCUGGGAUGACGUUGAAAAAGCUUUGAAGCUUUUUGAGAAGUUAACAAACACCCGGUAUAUUGUGAAAGAAUCGAAAUUAAAUAAGGAUGAGCCACAUGUGAAGUAUGACUAUGCGGUGUAUGUAUGUACUUUUGGAUACAAAAGGAAAUCCGUAAGCAAUCACAUCCGCCUUAGAGGAUCUAAAUACUGUGGUUGCCCAUCAAUGAUACGAAUCCGAUAUCAUUGCAAUGAAUUCAUUAUACCAUCUGUAUAUAUGAUUCAUAAUCACUAUUGCACUCGUGAUUAUUUAAUGAAGGAUGCUAGAGCACGCAAAUUAGAUGAGUCUGAACUUUCUAUAGUUAAGCCGAUGCUGUCUGUUUCAUCCGAUCCUGAAAAGGUUAUUGAUUACGUUGCAGAACGAUUCUAGAAAAGGAUG